UUUUUCUAGUAAAAGACAGCAACGGUGUGAUACAGCUUAAUACACGUGGAACUUGGGGUCCACACACCACAAAUCUAACACCCACGGUUUUAUAGCUUUUCUCUUUAGACUCCAAAGGAGAAACGAGCUCUGGUUGUCUCUCACAAACACAUCAUCUGAAGAGGUUUAACACAGUAUCUACAUCACAAUCAUCAGCAUCCCUAAAAAUGGAGGCAGCAAUAGCUGGGGGAGCCACCACACCGAUACUACAAGUUGGUCAAAAUUUAUGCCAGUGUCUCUUUCAACAAAUUCGUUAUAUCAAGAACUUCCACAAGAAUUUUAAGAAGCUCGAAGAGGAAGAAAAAAAUCUUUACAAUAGGAGAGAUGACGUAAAUAUUAUUAUAAAUAAUGCUAAAGCUCAGAUGAUGCCAACAGUAGUAUGUGAAGCCUGGUUGAAGAAGGUUGAGAUUAUUCAAACUCAAAUCAGUGAUUUAAAAUCCAAAUAUGUUGAAGUCAAGAACAACCGAUGUGGAUGCCUCAAUGUUUUAUCAUUUUUAAAGCUCAGUAAACAAAUGGAAGAGAUGGUCAUGGAUGUUUGUAAUCUAAGGGAAGCUGGGAAGCUUGAAAAUGGUAUAGUGAUUGAGAGGCCACCUGAACCAGUUGAGAUGAAACAUGUGAAGAAAAUGCAAGAUGUACCAUCACGAGAUGGUAUCUUAGAAAAGAUAAUGGAGUACCUUAGUGAAGAAAACAUAAAACGAAUUGGCAUUUGGGGAAUGGAAGGAGUGGGAAAAACUACAAUAAUGAAACACUUGAAUGAUGCCCCAAGAAUGGCUAAAGAUUUUGAAAUUAUCAUCUGGGUGACUACUAAAAAAGAUUCAAACUUGAGAGACAUGCAGCAGAAAAUUGUGCAGCGCUUGAAGUUACCUGUGGAUAGCCAAAGCAGCAUUGAUCAAAUUGCACCAAUAAUAUCUAAAGAAUUGGAGAACAAGAAGUACUUAUUGCUUCUUGAUGGAGUCUUCUCAAAGUUUAAUCUAUAUGAUUUAGGUAUCCGUGACAAUCAUAAUUUUGGCAAGGUGGUUUUGGCAGCUAGAUGUAGAAAUGUUAUUCGCGAGAUGGGAACCCAUGAAGAAAUAUAUGUGGAGAGAUUGUCAAAGGAUGAUGCAUGGAAAAUGUUUCGACAAAAAGUGGGUGAUGAGGUUGUUGAUCAUCCGCACAUAAAACCUUUAGCAAGAAUGGUGGCCAAGGAGUGCGGUGAAUUGCCACAAAUGAUUGACGUAGUAGCAGCAACCUUGAGGAAAAUGGAUAAUGAAGACAUGUGGUGGUAUACAUUGAGAAAGUUGCAAUCAUCAAGCAUAAAUGCGACACAACAUAGGGAAGAUUUGGACAAGCUCUUCAAACAUGCUUAUGACCAGCUACCAGAUGACACACAAAAAUGUUUUUUAUAUGGAAUAUUGUAUCCCGAUGACCAUGAAGUUCACACUGGUUAUUUGAUAGAAUGUUGGAGUGCAGAAGGGUUUAUGUGUGAUGCCCAGAAUUUCAGAGAGGCACAAGAGACUGGCAAUGUUAUUCUAGAAGAUCUCAUAGGUAAAUGUUUAUUAGAAAGAAGUGAACGGUUAGAAUAUGUCAAGCUGCCAAUAUUGUUUCGGCGUUCAGCACUAAGAAUCACAUCUCUUAAUAAAGAAGGCAAUAAAUUAUUAGUGAAAGCUGGCCAGGUGAUGCAACAUACCCUAUCAGAGAAUGAAUGGAAACAGUCAAUAAGAAUCUCCUUAAUUGACACUCAACUACGCACUCUACCAGAAAGGCCUACUUGUUGUAUGAUCUCAACUUUGUUACUUCAGAGGAAUUCAACAUUAAAAACCAUUCAUGAACCAUUCUUUGGUUAUAUGUGUGGCCUUCGAGUGCUGGACUUGUAUAGAACUAGCAUUGAAUCACUGCCACCAUCUCUUUCUAGCUUGCUCAACCUUAAAGCACUAUACCUGAAUUCUUGUAGCCACCUGAUGGAGCUCCCUACCCAAAUAGUAGAAUUAACGAAACUUGAAGUCCUUGAUCUUCGUAAAACUGGGAUUAUUGACUUACCAAGACAAAUUGGAAAACUGAGUAGUCUCAAGUGUUUACGAGUAUCAUUUGCUAACGUUGGCAACCCAAAUGAUAUAGAACGGGUACUGAUUCCUCAAAAUGUAAUUUCAGGACUUUAUUUGUUGGAAGAAUUGAGCAUUGAUGUAGAGCCAUAUGAUCAAAGGUGGACUAAGAAUGUAGAUGUAGUGGUAGAGGAGGUGGCCAGCUUGGAAUUAUUGAGUACUCUCUGUUUCUACUUCCCAAGAAUGGAUUGUUGUAAGAGUUUCAUUGGAAACAGCAAAUCGUGGAACAAUAAUAGUGUAUCAUGGGAAAACAAUUGCUUUAGGUCAUUCAAACUUCUUGUUGGUUCUCUUAGUGCCAGUCGUUCCCAUGAAUUCAAGGGUAUAGAACACUCAAUGAAGAGACAUUUGAUAUUUUGUGCUGGUGAAGACAUCCCUCCUGAAAUACUGAAGGUACUUGCUCAUACCCAGGCAUUUGAAUUAGUCAAUCACCAAAAUGUCCAGAAACUAUCAGACCUUGGCACAGAGAGGAUGGAAGGAUUGAAAUUUUGUUUAAUUGAGGAAUGUCUCAAAAUGGAGAGUAUCAUCGAUGGUGACAUGACAAUAGAUUGUGUUUUUCCAUUCUUAGAGAGACUACUUCUGAUCAGGCUACCACAAUUAGAGACAAUUUGGAAAGGUUCGAUCCGGUCAGCUUGCUUUGCUAAAUUAUCAACUCUAAAGCUGAAUGAAUGUCACAAAUUGAAGAAUAUUUUCUCAAGAGGCAUGAUUCAACAACUAUCCAAACUGCAGGAGUUGAAAGUUGAGAACUGUCUUGACAUGGAAGAGGUAAUUGACAAAGAUGUUGAUAUACUAGAGUCAAAUGCUCUUCCAAGGUUGAGGACUCUAGAACUUGUCAACCUACCAAAUCUGUCUAGAAUUUGUCAAUGUUCUUCAUUGGACUGGCCAUCAUUAGAAAGAAUUGAGAUCAUGGAGUGUGUAGAGCUAAAAAGUUUACCCUUCACGAGCAACAAUGCAGAAAAGCUGCGAUUGAUUGAAUGUAAACAUGAUUGGUGGAACAAUUUAGUGUGGCAAGAUGAUGCUGUCAGAGGGAGACUACAAGACGUUAGUCAUUUCAUUUGAAUAAAGAAUGGAGCAUUACGUCCUGUGAAAGUGAUUUGCUGAUGGCACUUCACCAGCACAAUCAACUUCUGAUUUGAGAGUCUAUACUGAAGCUGCUGUUGUCACAAUGAAGCAGGGAACUGCCAUUUAAAGCUCUGCUGAAGGAAGAAAUGUCUUUGUUAAUGGGAAUGUAGCUUGUGAGACUCUUUCUGCAACUCAUAGAUCCGACUCCCUCUCACCACAUCUUCUGUUCCAGGUUUAUCAGUCGCAUUGAUGUCAACGAGGAAUCGAAGCAGGCGUUUUCCCUUGUUUAUUUUUUUAUUUUUUUUCUUAAUCAUAUGGCAGUUUUAUUUUAUUUAGUUUUCUUUUUAUAUUGGGCUUCAUUUUUUCAUAUGUUUCUUGAAAAAUUAGUUUUAUUUUUAAAUUUUAUGUUAUAUUUCUUUGUCAUUUGUAUUUCUGUUUAUUUUUAUUAUACAUGAAAAGGAUGUUGGGAGAAUAGUCCCACAUCAGUUA